CAAGUUGUUCCCUCGUCGAGAUGUCUAGCCCUCGGAAAGUUGGCGGGGAAUAUGGCGAGAUACGCGCCAACAUCGACAUUGCGCGUCUUAACCAAUAUUUGGAACGGCAUGUCCCUGCGGUAUCGCAACCGGUGGACGUAAAGCAAUUCAAGUUCGGUCAGUCGAAUCCCACAUACUUCCUCACCGACGCAAGGCAAAGACGAUUCGUGCUACGCAAGAAGCCCGCAGGAAAGUUGCUGUCGCCCACAGCGCAUCAAAUUGAACGAGAAUUCACCGUCCUCAAUGCCCUCCACAAACACAAUACCAACCCGUCAACGCCUGCCGAACGUAAGGUUCCCAUACCCGAACCCGUUAUCCUGUGUGAGGAUAGCUCGGUGAUCGGGACGCCGUUCUAUGUCAUGGAAUUCUUGGACGGGCGGAUAUUCACGGACGUAAGGAUGCCCGGUGUGUCGCUCAAAGACCAGCGGGAAUGUUGGCUUUCUGCCGUUGGCGCUCUCGCCAACCUCGCCUGCCUUUCUCCCGCAGAUGUUGGGCUGUCUUCGUUUGGACCCUCGUCGGAUUACUUCCCUCGGCAGAUAAAGUCCUUGACGAAAGUGUCCCUCGCGCAGGCGGAGGCGGUUGAUAUCGAAACUGGCCGAAAGACCGGGAAGAUCCCCCUCUUCGACGAGAUGAUCACAUGGUAUCGGACGCACCUACCGGACGAACGCCGGCUGGGGCUUCGGAUUGUCCAUGGCGACUACAAGCUUGACAAUCUGAUAUUCCACAAAACGGAGAACAGGGUGAUUGGUAUUCUCGACUGGGAGCUCUGUACGCUUGGCAGCCCUCUCGCAGAUCUUGCCAACUUGACUCAGCCUUGGAAUGUCGAGCCUUCAUUACUACCUCAAGGUGUUGAUCUAACGAAGGCGACCCUGAUGCGUACAUUCAAGAACCUACCACCAGAAGAAUUGGCCGUUUCUCGUGAUGAGCUGGAGGCGCGUUUCUGCAAGAUGACGAACCAGCCGUUCCCACUUCAAGAUAUGGUGUUCGCUCGUAGUUGGAUGUUUUUCCGACUAUCAAUCAUCUCGCAAGGUAUCGCGGCGCGCUACGCAAGAAGGCAGGCAAGUUCUGAGAACGCCAGUACACAAGUAGCGAUGUUUCCUAUCAUUGGCCGGAUGGCAAUCGCGAUCCUUGAGGAGGCGGACUACUCAAUAAAGGCGGAGAAGUCGAAGUUGUAGUCAUAUCUCGUGCGGCUGCACUCAUAGACAAUGGAAUGAAUUUCUCAGUUUGCG